AUGCAGCAGGACCAGCGGAAGAAGGUUCGGAAUGAGAAAGCAAGAAGGUACUUGAGCAGCAUGAGAAAGAAGGACCCUGUUCCAUUUUCUCAGAAGUUUCCCAGUGCAGAUCCUUUGUCCCUUAAACUAUUAGAAAAGCUAUUAGCCUUUGAUCCAAAGGACCGUCCAACAGCAGAAGAGGCAUUGCGUGAUCCAUACUUCAAAGGUCUUGCCAGGGUUGAAAGAGAACCAUCCUGUCAGCCAAUCAGAAAAGUGGAAUUUGACUUUGAGCACAAAAGAAUGUCAAAGGAAGAGAUAAGAGAGUUGAUAUUCCGUGAGAUACUGGAAUAUCACCCACAAUUGCUGAAUAGCUACAUUAAUGGCACAGAGAGGACAACCUUUCUCUACCCAAGCGCUGUUGAUCAAUUUAAGAAGCAGUUUUCUCAUCUUGAAGAGAGUGGUGGUAACGGCCCAUCAAGUCCAACAGACAGGAAACACGCAUCCCUUCCCAGGACUACUGUUGUUCACUCGAAUCCAAUUCCUGCCAAGGAACAACCUCUUGCUGCCUCAUCAAGGGUUAGACCAGUCUCUGAUGAUUCAUCAGGAUCAGUAAGAGUUAAUGGCUCAGUGAUGAAUUCAGGGUAUCCUCAUCAACAAAUCCCACAAGCAUACGGUUACCGUCAAAUGCCUGCAAGAUUGGACAGUACCAACCCAUCACAGGCCAUGGGAGGUUACACACAGCAGUCGCAGGCUUAUGCUUGUGCUAACAGCAAAGGCUCGCCUGAUGUGGCUGUGAACAUGAGAGCACCCCCCUUCCAUCUUCCAGCUGGACCGAAGAAUAACCCAUUAGAUAGGAUAGCAUCUGACACUGACAUAUACACAAGAUCCCUUAACGGCAUUGUUGCUGCCGCUGCGGCAUCAGUAGGCGCUGGCGCUCACCGAAACGUUGGCGUUGUGCCAUCUGGCAUGUCAAGGAUGUAUUAG